AUUAGCGCAGUGUUUGUAGGGGGUCUGGUCAGAUUUAAGUUUAGCACAAAUCAGCUACAUGUCAUUUACAUAGACAUGAGAUUUAGUUAUAAUUUUUACACGUAAUGUUUUUAUGUUACCCUAGUAACAUUAAAGCUCUAGUUUACUGUUAAGGAACUUUGCACGAGAGAACAAGGGCGAACAGCUCAGACACUCACUAUCGGUGCAAUGGAAGAUGUUUCUAGAUAUUUGGGCGUCAACAGGACAUUGUCUCUGAUAUGUACGCUCUGGAUUUUCUCACCAGCAGAGGGGAACACCAUCCCAGGGGUGGUUGGCAGCAGAGUGAUCCUGCCCUGUGACAAUUCAAACAGAACAGUCAAGCAGCUGACUUGGAAAAAGAAUGGAGUUCUGAAUCUAAUCAGCUUCAUACCAGAUGGAGCAACACACAUCAGUAAAGAGGCUGCCAGCCUGAAGAUAAAUAUAUCUCUAUCAGACACCCAACGUUACGCACUGAUCAUAGAGAGCGCCCAGAAGUCUCAUACAGGAAACUACACCUGUGACAUCACUGCGAGCACAGGAGUGUGGGAACAGAAGUGGGAGCUGAUAAUUACAGAGCACGAAGAGCACGAAGGUGUAAACGGGCAAAAACGGGUGAUUGUUGUGGCAGCUACGGUUACUUGUGUAUGUUGCCUGAUCUUUAUAUUUGCUUUGACUUGUCUGCGAAGAAUCAACAAGCGGUGUGCACAAAAUAGCAACCAGUCUCCCACUGUAGAAAUGGAGGAAAUACAUGAUAUUUAUGAGAACCACUUGGAAAUUUAUGUUCAUCAACAGCGCAACAGCCGCCAGCCUCACUACUGCAAACCCAGAAGUCGGUGAAUGUGCAGAGAGAAGAAGAGCGCAAAAAGGAUGUGUGUGGGAAACACCCAUCUACACCCAUCAUUUUUGGAAUACAAACACAACAGGAAAGAAAACCUGUCUUCCUUAUAUCAUGUGCAAUUUCAAACUUCUUUCUCAAGAAAUGAGAAUGACAGUUCUCUCAAUAUGAGCACAUCACAAGCACACAGCCAGUGGGUCUGUUCUUACUAUAUAAAUAUUGAUUACGCUCCUGUAAAUUAAGCAUUGCAACAGUUUUCUAACAGAAGAGUUGCAGCAGGAGAAGCAAACGCUGUCGGCAGCUUUCUGAUAUUUAAAGAAGGUAAAUUUACGUGAAGCCUGAUAUUCCACUUUUAAAGAGACACUGCAUUGGUCCAUGGAACACACAGAGCAGCUGUGUCAGUUGUAAUGCGAACUGCCAUAGAUGCUUUAGAUUAUGAACUAAAAACAUGACCCACUCAAGAAAACCACAGUAUUUAGAAUGUUCCAUAUGAAUAAAUGGCAGUGAUGCAAGUGGCAGCAGUGUGGGUGGUAGUAUCUCAUAUGUGUCAGGCUCCAAAACACUUAAUCCAACACUUCCCAUAAUGCUUAAUGCUUUUUUUUUUUUUAACCCUCCUUUACUAAUACAUGCCCGUUUCUUUUAAGUACCAUAUUUCCAAGGUACUCAAUGGAGCUUUUCACCACUAGUAGCACUAGUAAACCUCAACAACCACACAAGUAAACCUCCACAGCUCUACCAGUGGCCUGAACUGAUCUUCAUGUGCAAAUUUAGUGGUGGGCCGCUUUAAAAGGAUAGGUUUAGAUUUUCCAAGUCUGUCUCAAUAGAGUAAUCACAUGCUGUUUUUUGGGACCAAAAUAGUGCCUUGUCUAAAGAGUUCAGAGAGAUCAUCCUUUUCCAAGAACACAGAGGAUGUUUGUUUCCAUGAGAAUGGUCUUGUGACAGUUAUUUCCAUCCACAUGAUCAAAGCAGAGCCAUAUUCGGCUUUAUGGUUUUUCACUGUCUGUAUUUUUGUUAAUUCAAUAAAGUGCACAGUGUCUGGCAAGACACAAUCCUGAAUCCCUGAAAUACUGUGUGUCAUACAGAGAGAAACUAUUCUAGUAUUAACUAACCAAAGUUGCAUUUAUUAGGUAACAAGGAUGGUGUGUGUAGAGUACACAUUUUGCUUUAAUUAGAAUAUCACACGAGCAAAAGGCAAGUUAAUACAAAAUAUGAUCUAAAAACAAGCAGGGAAAAAUUA